AUGAAUUGGAAACAAUCAGGUAUUCAUGUGACCCCUCUGCAAACAGAAGAUACAUCCAAUGAAAUUCAGGCCACACCUCUCCAAAUUCAUGAUUUAUCCAAUGAGAGGCAGGUGCUUAGUAAAGAAGACAGUUCAGAAGACUUGUCUGAUGAAUAUAGGGUCACUCAUUCUGAAGAUGAGGAAGAUCCUGACCAGUGGGAGGAUGAACAACAGGAAAACCAACAGGAAGCAUUCAGAUCCACUAUGACAGCCUUACUACAGAAAGAAAAUCAGCAAGAAAAGGAGAAGAAUGAGCCACCAUCCAAAAGUAAGCAGGAAAGGAAGAAGAGCAAACAAAGUUUCAUCAGCAGUUCAGAUAAUGUUGCUUUCAAAAGCAACAUCAACACAAGAAUUCAGCUAGGUAUGGAUAAUGCCAUGUCCAACACCAACAGCAAAAUAUGGUUAUUUUGGAAUAAAGACUGUGUGUGUAAUCUUUUGGAUCAGGAUGAACAGCAGCUUACCUGUAAGAUCAGUCAUGCAGCUUGGCCUAAACAAUAUCUCACAACCUUUGUAUAUGCCAAAUGCAAAGACUACAUGAGAAGAGAUCUAUGGGACAAGAUGCUGCAAUUCUCUGAUAGAGAAGAACCUUGGUGCACCAUUGGAGAUUUCAAUGUAAUUACUCAUGUUGAAGAGAAGAUGGGGGGCCAACCUUACAACAUGAACAAGAGCUUUGAGUUCAUUAGUGUCAUAGAAGCCUGUGGACUCACUGAUCUUGGUUUUCAUGGACAACAAUUCACAUGGUGCAACAAGAGAGAUGCAGAUGCCAGAAUAUGGAAGAGACUUGACAGGGCCAUGGUCAAUGAUGCUUGGUUAGAGGCCAUGCCUGUGAGCACUCUUAAUCACCUGGCCUCCACAGGUUCUGAUCACUGUCCUCUCCUUUUGGAAUGUACUGAAAGACAAAGUCCUACCAUCAAAUAUUUCAAGUUCUUACACUGUUGGGCUGAAAAUGAAAACUUCAUUGAUACUGUAAGAUCUUGCUGGGAAAGACCUGUGGAUGGAAAUCCAAUGAGGACUUUCCAUCAAAAACUGAAAAGAGUUUCUAAUACCCUUAGCCACUGGUCUAGAAAGCAAUAUGGUGAUAUAUUUGCUUCAGUUAAAGAAUUUGAGGAACAGGUUAUACAAGCUGAAGAGAAUAUCAUCAAUGACAAUUCUGAAGAUAAUAGAGCCAAAUUGAAUCAGAUAAAUGCCCAAGGGAGAAGAAGAAGGUUGUUCAUCCAUCAAAUCAGUGAUGAACAAGGAAACUCUAUCCAGGGUGAUGACAAUAUUGCAAGUGCAGCCUGUGCACACUUUGAGAAACUUUUUACUGCUGAGGAGAAACAAAUCAAUGAAGAUGUGAUUAAAUGCAUCCCAAGGAUAGUUACUGAUCAGCAGAAUGAAUUAUUACAUUCCAUACCUACAAAGGAGGAGCUAAAGGAGGUAGUAUUUUCUAUGAGUCCUACUUCUGCUGCAGGGCCAGAUGGCAUGAGUGGUAAGUUCUUUCACUCAUGCUGGGAUAUCAUUUGUGAUGAUCUACUGAAGCUGGUGCAGCACUUCUUCAAUGGUCACUGUAUUCCCAAGUACAUAUCACAUGCUUGUUUGGUUCUACUUCCUAAAACUGAACACCCCAACAAACUGUCAGAGUACAGGCCCAUCUCCCUCAGCAACUUCACUAGCAAGAUCAUAUCCAAGCUCCUCUGUCUCAGACUUGCUCCUAUUCUACCUCAGCUCAUUUCUGACAAUCAGUCAGGAUUUGUUAAAGGAAGGAGUAUCUCAGAAAAUAUAAUGCUGGCUCAGGAGAUUAUUCACAACAUUAAGAGGCCCACAGUUGGGGACAAUGUAGUGAUUAAGCUGGAUAUGGCCAAGGUUUAUGAAACAACUUCAGGCCAGCUAAUCAACAAGGACAAGAGCCAGUUCAUGCUUCCUCUUAAUACCAAUCCUGAUAUUAUUGAUAGGAUAGGCAGGAUCACAGGCUUCAAGUGCACACAUGGUCCCAUUACUUACCUGGGCUGUCCACUUUACAUUGGACGACAGAGAAUCAUAUACUAUACAGGUAUGGUGUCCAAAGUUAUAAGCAAAAUUAGAGGCUGGCAGAAUAAAAUACUGAGCUUUGGAGGCAGAGCAACUUUGGUGAAAUCAGUGCUGCAAUCUUUACCAAUCUACUUGUUAUCUGCGAUCAGACCUACUGCUACAACUAUCAAUCAGAUUAAAAGCCUCAUAGCUAACUUUUUCUGGGGCUUCUGGUGGGAUGAUUGGCUGGGUAUUGGCCCCCUAGCUUAUCAUAACAACCAUCUACCUAGACUCAACAAUAGUAGAGUAUCUGAUUACAUGGAGAAUGGGGAGUGGAAUGUGCAAAAAAUCAGAAAAUACGCCCCUCCUCAACUGGUGCAGCAGAUACUAAGUACUGAGGUAGACCAUCAUUCUAACACAGAUGAUCAAGCUUGCUGGAAGUUGACUUCACAUGGUAACUUCACUUCUAAAUCAGCUUGGGAAAUAGUUAGGAAGAAAAGAGCCAAGACCCUGAUUGAUAGAUGCACUUGGCAUGCUAACAUUCCCUUCAAAGCAUCUUUCUUACUAUGGAGAGCUGUGAGACAGAAACUCCCUACUAAUGAUAAAAUUGUCCAGUUUGGAGCAGCACCAGCACUCAUGGGGAAUAAUCCAAGGGACCUGCUCACUGAGAAGCAUACUGAUGAAGUGGUGGACUGCCAAGUCCAGUAUCAUGCAACUUUGAGCCAUGGGGUGGAGUUGCAGCAGCUGAGCAACAACACAUGGAGCAACUACAGUACAUCAACAGCAGGUGGAGGCUCAUUCAACUCUAGGAGUUCCCUUCUUGUUGGUUUUAAUUUUGCAGGAACAAUGUUUAAGGACCAACAACCCACUAUAGACCUGCAUCAACUAAACAACAUCAAUUGCAAAAGCUCCAUUACAUCAGCAGAAGUGAAUGUCACUAAUCAUCAGCAGCAGCAACCUAACAUCAACAACAUAAGUCAGAGGAAACCUCCAACACUAAACAAGUACAUCAGGCAACACCAAGAGAACCCCAAAUUGGGCAAGAUUACAGCAAAUACACCUCCUGCUUGGUUCUAUGCAUUUGCAGAUAGCUGGAGGUUCAAUACACAAUUGAAAUCUCCAAGAACAAGGUCUACAGCAGGGCAUGUUAGGACCUCUCUUCAGCCUCCCAUUCAAGCCAACUUCUUCCCUGCAACACCUGUAACUAAGCUACAGCAGAGAAUGAAGUGCAGGGUACAACAACUGAUGGGAAACCCUGGCAGAUGA